GUAGCCGAAGAGAGGAGACUAUUUCACAAUGCAACGCGUUUAAAAACCAUUGCGCAAUCUUCACCUCUUAUCUUCGCGUCCUGUUAAGUGCGCAUAUGUGUUAAACUUCAAUUUUCCUUCCGACACUUGGACAGCAUCAUGACCGGUUUGUGGGAUCGCAUCCCUUUGGAAUGGUUGGAAUUACGCGGCGAGGUGCUGGAGCGCAUGUGAACGCCAAUGGAGUUUGGGAUUUAUUUCUAAAUAUGGGAAAGAUGACUGUAUUGUCUUUGCUUUUUCUCUUGUGCGCUGAUCUACUGCAAGUAGCUGUCGGAUAUUUGACUGUAACGAUAGAGCCCUUGCUACCUGUUGUUGUGGGAGAGACUGUGACUCUAAAGUGCAACUUCAAGACAGAUGGAAGAUUGCGAGAGAUUGUGUGGUACAGGGUUACUGACGGGGGCACUAUUAAGCAGAAGAUUUUUACAUACGAUGCUAUGUUCAAUACCAAUUACUCCCAUAUGGAGGAUUACCGCCGACGGGAGGACCUGGUAUAUCAGUCGACAGUCCGGCUUCCAGAGGUUCGCAUUUCAGACAACGGACCUUAUGAAUGCCAUGUAGGAAUCUAUGACCGUGCAACAAGGGAGAAGGUCGUCCUGGCAUCGGGGAAUGUCUUGCUCACGGUUAUGUCUCCACCCAACAACAUCUCAGUGGCGGCAGAGAACACCCCGGCACCAUUCAGCCGCUACCAGGCACAGAACCUCACUCUGGUCUGUACAGCCAAAGGAGGCAAACCAGCCCCAUCGGUAUACUUCAAGCGGGAUGGAGAGUUGAUAGAGGUGAUCUCCUAUGUCUCGCCCACCGUGGGUUAUGAGGGUGCUGGCUCUGCUGGUGUGCGUGGAGCCAGACCUCUGAUCAGCAGGGACCUGGAUGACACCAAGCAGCGGAAGUCUCUUUCUCUUCUUGGUCCAGACGGCAAGCCCGGACGCCUAAAUACGGAGAGCCCUGGCCGGAGCUACGUGGCCAAGCAGCCUGGUCAUGAGCCCAGCCCAGCCACAGAGACCAUCCCAGAGACAGUGGUCAACCGGGAGUUCCCACGCUGGGUCCAGAGCACAGACCCCCUGUACUUCUUUAGCAACACUCACAUCCCCCAGAGCGAUGGGUCGGUGCUGGUUCAGGCCAAACUCACCUGGACCCUGAAUCCGCAGUUGGACAACGAUGCAUUGUUUAGCUGUGAGGUCACGCACCCGGCUCUCUCCAUGCCUAUGCAGACCGAGGUCGUACUGGCGGCACCGAAAGGCCCCAGACUUGUGAUAACCCCUACCAGGGCAAAGGUAGGGGAUACAGUUCGCAUCACCGUCCAAGGAUUCCAGGUAGGAUCUCCAGUGAAUGAGGUGUUUCCUGAGCCUCUGUUCACCUGGACGCGGGUGGGCGGGAGACUCCUGGAUGGCAGUUCCGAGAAAGAUGGGAAGGAGCUUGUGUUGGAGCGGGUGCCGGCAGAACUUAACGGCUCAAUGUACCGCUGCACGGCUCAGAAUCCACUGGGCUCUACUGACACACACACACGCCUCAUUGUUUUUGAAAACCCCAGUAUGAUGAAAAACACACAGAACCCGAACAAUGGAGCUCCUGGUUUGCACAAGCUUGGACUGAUAUUUUUGCCUCUUGUUCUCACAGUGACUGUUGAGCUGACGUGAAUAUCUUUAAUUCAACCACACACAAACACGCCUCCUCUCCUGUCCGCCACACACACUCACAUACACACAAGCCUUCUCCAAUCCAUGCAUUUAUCAGUGAGAGAACCCCCAACAGGGGGCGCACCACCUUUUUAUGUGGAAAAAAAAAACAAAAAAAAGAUCCAGAUUAUAAUACCCCUGAUUUAAAAAAAAUAAAAGUAAUUAUAACAUGCUGAAAAUAAGAACAAGAACCUCCUUUUGUCUGCCCCUUUCCACACAAACGCGUUUUUGUUUUGUUUUUUUACCAUCAAAAUUGCCUGUCAAUCAACAAAGAUCUGCCAUUCAGAUAAAAGGAAACAGGAGAAGAGCUUUCAAGCCGAACACAGAUGUCAGGCACUGCGGUGUGGAAAAAAGACACUUCAGAAACGUUGACUGUCGCUUCAACUCAAAUCUAGCUGUCCUCAAGAUGCCUCCAUAGAAUACUGCACCACUGGCACAAACAGGAGAUGGGCGACCCCCUUUUUGAGGAACACCUGAUCUCGAUCGUUACGGCAUUUGUGUUUUUUGACCACAGUAUUUUUUCCGUUCGAUUUUCUCAAAUGGCUCUCGGCUGGAAUGUAACAAAAAAACGAAACAAAAAAAAACAGAGACAAUACUAAAAGUCCUGUGACAUUUCAUUGCAAAGAGAUGGAAGAUCCUCUUUUUAAGUGUAUUUUGUGUACAUCCCUGUAAAUAAUACAAAGUAUAUUACAGAAAAUAAAAAAUAAAAUUAUAGGGACUCGGGGUCAGGAUUUUGGGGGAGUGAUGCAAGGGGGGUAGCAGCUAAUGGAUUUAUUGUGUGCGUCUGGUCAUCCCCAGUGACCAUCAACUGAAAUCCAACCCAGGCUUUAAGAAAGCAGUGAAAUCAGUGGCCUUACUGAUCUGAUUUCAUGUGUUCAGUAUCUAUAACAUCUGUGUGACUGUUCAACCACAGAGGAAAGAGGACGACUCUUCUCGGGGUUGUAGUGCAUGUGUCGUUUGAAGAUGAUUUCCCCUCCGCAUCUGUUUGUCACAUACCUGUCCUUAAGUUCUUGUUGCAUAUUCAGUGAUCUGCAUCGUGUACAGUCCUUAUCUCUGAUCUAACAGUUACUGCUAGGAUCAUGUUAGCCACUAUUCGGACCCCCUCUCCCCCAUCUUUCAAAGUAAGCUCAAGUGAAGCCAAGUGUAAACAGGGUUGUUGCAUUUGUUUCAUAUCACCUGUAUUAAAA